AUGAGGGUCUCUCUAUUGCUUCCCGAAUUGAAGGGUAGUGUUUGGCCUUUUUGUCCUACCUCGACCUUCUUUUCAGUUUUUACCCGUGCAGUCUCCGCCCUUGGGAAACUUGGCGAUGACCUGUACUUCGAGUGUGGCGCCGGCGAGGUAAUUCAGACGCAGAAUUCAAAGAUGCCCUCUUCAGUUAAGUUUGCGGUGCGUCAACUCUUCACGCUCUGCCUACGCGGCCGCAUUUUUUUCCACUAAUUUUUUUGAGAAGGCCUCGGGCCUUGAGGACCGCGAUGACACACCGAGGUUCAAACUCACCGCUAAGGUAUGACGCCUAGCCCCCUCCCUCCCUAAUUAGUUUCCGCCAUCCUCCCCCUCCGACAAGACUUGCUGCAGAGUAUUCAAGCCUUCGGUGUCUUGGGACAAAGUUGUUCGGAAGUGCCGACUCCAACUGGACGAAUCUGGCAACACGCUGAUUGUGCAGUUUUUCCAGCGCCACGGUGAGUAAGUUUGAAAGGGACUGUCAAAGCCCUCAUGCAUGUAUUCUCUGUGUGUUUAAAAGCUUUCUUCAUGCAUCCAUUCCUCAACGCCUUUCUUUGUUUCUGAAAGGCCUCGUCAAAACGUACAAUCUGCCCACUAUCGACUGCGAAAGCCUGGAGGCUGUGUAUAAUAUUGGCGAUGCCUUCAAUCAUCUGGCAGCCUCAUCGAAGUUAGUUCUUUUCGCUGUCUGCGAUCAUAACUUUGGUCCAUUUAGGGUGUUUGCUGAGAUCAUUAGCAAUUUUCGCCCAACCCAAACUGAGGUGACUCUCGUCAUACAGGAUGGAGAAUGCGUUUUCCGAAAUUUUAUUGAUGACUCCGGUAGGUCCGCACACUUUUGCGUAACUUUGGUUAAACCACAGACUUUUCUGCAAUCGUCACUCAUGUGCCGGUAUCCUCCAGCGAAUUCGAGACGUAUGACUUCCACGAAGAGGCCGAAAUAACGUUUUGUCAGAAAGAUUUGCGGGUAAUACGCGAACUUCUCUAGUCUAUUUGCUUCACAUUUUCUUCCAGCAAAACCGAGUUAAUUUUUUUAUCGUUUUCUUAAGCAAUGCGUGUUCUUGACUCUCCUCGCGUCUGGUGACCGAACUAUAAAACUUGUCUGGCAGCGAUCAUAAGACCUUAGUACUGCCUAUACUAUUAAUGACCUUUCGAACAGGUGAUAUUCGAGGGAGUCGCCUUACAACCCUUGUAUGCCAGCAGUAACUUUUUGUUCAUUUUUCUGACAUUCUGUAUUCUGCUGCGGAUAUCUUGAGCUUCUUUACGAGCUGUGAUGGCUGUUUCGUGACAUUUAAGGGCUCUAGAUUGAGGCUUCAGGGGAGGAUGGAACGCCAGUAUUACGUCCAUUAACCGAUACUUACUGCUGAUCUCAACUUAAACGUGAGUGAGUAUUGACUGUCGUGGUAGCCGACAGGACAUGAGUCGACAAUAAUUAUCGAUUUUGGUCGCAUACAUAUGGAUCGUCUUUAAUCCCGGCCGGCUUGGUCAGUUCUCAAAAGAUGAUCAUCUCACUGCCGUCUCUGAUCUGUUUACCAUAUCCAGCCGUGGAACUCCACUACGGGGUAUACUACGGCCUCCUCCCCUCAUUAAGGUGCAAAGCCAACAUUUAUGGUCAGUGGUGUAUCUAUUUGGUAUGCUCAUACUGCCCCUAAAUGGAUAAUGGGGUACAGUAGGUGUGCUAACUCAUGAAAUCUUAGCCGAAAUUCCGAAAUGCAUUUUCGAUUGGAAAAGAUUACAUAAGUAGGUUUGCAACAUUAGUUACCACGCAGCAUAAUCCCCGGACAUUUCCGUUAUUACGGGAUGCCAGCUUUUGAACGAACUCCUUUCCGGCUCCCUGUAAAAAGCACAGGGAAAAAUUACUACUUGAGUAGUAUGAAUUUUUUCAUUGAUUGUCGAUGUCCUUAUAAAGUCAAAUAUAUUUAAUAGAAAACAUGCAUACACAUAUUCCCUCUUUUACUAAUUUGGUAGGAAAUUACGUCUUCGAAUUCUAUGCUUGAAAGACGAUAUAAUCUGGUUUCAAAAAGUUAUCAAUUAUGAGAUUUUUUUAAGAUCGUAAAAUGCCCGUUCAUAGGACAUAAUGUCUCUGCUUUUACUAAUGUUUCUUGUAAAGUUUACAACAUCUCAAAUCCACUGGCUAAUUUUACGAACCCCAUAUGGUCUGCUCUUAAAAUAGGAUAGAAAUGUAUAAUUUUCCGUGCACGGAAAGCAUGCAGCUUGUAGCUUGGAAACUCGGAAUGCAAGUGCAACGGCAGGUCGGACCCAAAAUUAUUCUGGAGUCGGAAAAGUUGUUAAAACCAAAUUAUACCCCUCAGUUAAGUAGAAAAUUUGAGGAAGACGUAAAUUUCUACAAAAUGAGUAAAAGAACGAACACUUGUAUGCAUGUUUCCUAUAGGAUAUAGUUGAAUUUACAAGGACAUCGGAAAUCAAUGAAAAAAUUCACGCUACUUAAGUAGUCAUUGUUUACGGAGUACAUCUUUGGCAGGCGGCCGGAAAGAAGUUCGUUCAAAAGCCGGCAUCCUGAAGUAGUUGAGAUAUCCUGGGAUUAUGCUGCACGGGGACUAAUAUUACAAUCCUACUUAAGUAAUCUUCCCGAGUCGAAAGUGCAUUUCGGAAUUUCGGUUAACACUUCAUGAGUUAGCGCAUCUACAGUAGAUGCGCUGGACCCAGUCAGGGGCUAGAUCGAAGUCCAGCAGGCGUUAUUUGGAAUGCGCACCCAUAACAUGCGCCAACAUCGGAGGUGGGGCGACACGUUCAGAUGUAGACCCGUGCUGCGGCAGUUUGGAUCCUUGCCGUCCCCCUAUUUUUUGUUGUGAUAUAGAAUUCCAGUCAGUGUCCGUUGUGGACCAGGGACUGUCGGGGUUUUCACCGUGCCAGCUACCUGCGCCCUCUCCCGCCUCCGGUUUUUUCAACUCUCAUUAAAACCAGGCCCAGCUGCGGGAGGGGGGGGUGAGUGCGGUAGAUGCUGGGCAAGUCACAUAUCAAUGUAAAGAAUUCACUCAUCAGUUGCCGUUUCUGCCCCCACUCUGCUGUGCCGCAUACUGUGGAUACCGUCGGAGACGACAGCCGAACUGUCGAAUUGUGCGUUUAUGCGCCCAUUUGGUGUGCCCGUUUAUCUAACUUCUUUUACAGAACCUCCUGUUAGGACUCCUAACAGUAUGCGGAAAUCGGGAUGGCGUAAGGCACGCCCAGGUCGUCGCAGACAAAUGCUCAUUUUCAUAGUGACUUGACUGUUUUUUUUUUCAUUUAGCUUCUUCCUGAAGUUUACUUGCUUCUACCCCAACAGUGUGUGCUUCUCCCUACACCUCCCCUUUCCUAGGCUGCCAUAUCCUUCGGCGAGACUGUGGGAUCCCCGCUUGUGGUUCACAGCGGCCGACCGGGCAAACCCCUUAUCCUGACCUUCACUGACGACAAUCGCUUUAGUGCGCACUUUGUCCUCGCCACCCUUCCUUUGACCACUGGCUCUCGAAAGAGACUCGAAACCAGCACAUUCUCGACGAAUAUCACCACCAGUAUCAGCGCGGAGGAGGAUGCUCAUCUGCCGACCUGUCUCACGUAAUUUUAUUUCCACAAUAGGGCCCCUUUCCGUUUGUACUUCGUGGCUUUAAUACCAUUCUUUGGAACCGACCAGUUCACAUCGCCCACGCGCCUUUAUGACUUCUUUUCCCCCUCUCUCUCUGUUUAGCAAAGCAGCUCCUCCAACGUCUACCUUACCACCGACCAGUCAACCAGACCACGAAAGGACGCUGGUUCACACCCAGACAGCCGAUACGCAAAUACUUCCCGUCUCACCUCAUCAGACACCUGAGACGCGGCUCCCCUCCGCGAGGCAGGUAAAGAUCUCAGUUGAUAGGCCCGAGGAAUCUGCCCAACGGCUUUUUGUGCCAUAAAACAAAGUUAGUAUGCGACGCCACCUCAUUCCUUGAACACCUCUCACGCACACACCUAACGUGUUGGUCAGUCAGUAGCUCCAACUCUCUGCACUUGGUGGUGCUUUUUAAUAUACAUGCCCAGGCAGUGAUUGGUUUCUAGCGUCUUCCGUUCAGUUCUUAAGAAAGAUCCUUUUCAUACUUAGUCAUUCGAAAGAAAGAAUCUGUUUCCUGUAGCAGUAUAGGUCAACAAGUAAGCAGUAUUCCAGCUUUUUAAUUUUUUUAUAAAUUAUUCGUUAACAUUGGGUGAAUCAGUCAGAAUGAAGCCUUAUGGACAGAGGCAGAAAGUUAAAAUGAAUAUUUAAGCCCGAAUCCACCGGCUACAGCAGAACAAUCGCACACUGCCGAUGGAUAGUCAGUAGUAUGCAAGCGCUUUGUGAAUUAUCAUACUGGUGAGCCAUUGAUGAGCUGAAACCCCUGCAGUUAUCUUAUGCAGCGCAGAAUAUCCGCGAGACAAGUGUCUGGGCUUUUCCCUAGUACCGGUGCUGCCAUGCAUCAUCAUGCAGAAUUAAGUAAACAGUAUGCCCAUAUGUCUGCGGUCGACUUCCAAACAGUUCGAAUGAAAGAGCCUGCAUGUCUACAUUACGGUUGAAAUCAAGGAAUACUUAAAAAACUAGCCUUCUGUCCUAUAAGUUUUUUUUAGUUUCUGUGUUUCCUCAAUACUGCAUGCCAGUGAAAUAUAUAUAGAGAGAGAGAGAGAUCUAGUAAGCGUCCUAGCUGACUACAAAAUGCAUACAUUUGAUCUACAAUACUCUGUUAAAGCCGAAAGGACCAUUCUGAAGGGUUCCUGCGCCUGUGUAAAACAUCUCUUGAAUUUCAAAGCACUCAGACGCAACUUGGUUUUGGUGCACAACGGCACAUAGUCUGGACAAACGAGGGUUUCACGCUUUGUCCCAUGUCAUAGGUGUAGCUACGUAUGCGUUUUUGGUAGAAACACAAUUGCUCCAAAAUGACCCACUGUUUACUCGACAGCUCAUUUUCCGUCCGACUACUCGGGACCAAUUGGCCGGUCAGGAUUCAAAGAAGUGUCACGAAUAUCUCUUUCUUGUCUCAUGGGAUUGUUCAUAUCUGUGAAAGCCAGUUCAUAUAGGCUUAAGCUAGUGUCACUUCCGAAUUUCCGUUCUCGGAUGCUUGAAAAGCUCACCCCACUUUUUCAGAAUUAACUGACGCUCUGAUUUGUAGCCUCAACCUAAAUGUAGCUACUUGCUGUUUGUGGAAUUGUCUGCAAGUUGUUUUUGGUGACAUACCAGUGUACGCCCCUUUUUAAUGCAUUUCUAAUCGUCUGCUGUUAACAUUUGCGUAGUCACGUUUUUUUGUGAGUUUCGCUUGCUUUGAUUGUGCUACUCCUCUGCUUUCAAUUGCUUACAUUGUGGCCUUCCGUUUUAUUUGACUUAAUUCAUAUAAAUCAGGAAUGUUUUGGAAUAAAGAUUGACAUUUUCGUCCUGAGUCCUUACCCAAUCCAAGUUUAUUUUAUUCCUGAUGUAGUUUUUUGAGGAACAAAAAUUCUUACAUCCCAUAUACUUACCUAAUCCAAUUUUUUAUUUUUGGGAUUUUAUUUAGCGUUCCCACCCUACAUUCAUACCUAAUAUUAAUGAAUUUCUCGUGUAUUUGUUGAGAAAACAGAAGUAAUGUUUCCAUCCCGAAUUCCUACUUAAUUUAUUUGAUUUUUCAUAUACUUUAUCUAGGCUUAAUUAUUAACAUUUCCGCCGUGAAUCUUUUCAUAGCCCUCAUUCAUUUGAUUUGUGAUGUAUUUUCGAGGCGAAAAAUUAACACGAAGGGGACACGGUCGCUGAAACAAGAGCAUUAUUCACCUGACGCUUCGCAGCCCUGCUAAUACAACAACAGAAACGGGCUGCAGUGUUUAUAGGAUGCAAUCGCCAUGCUAUUGCACAUCUAUGAAAAUUCACGGCCCUCUCCUUCGUCAGGGAGUGUUGUACUUUGAAUGAUGAUUGUUCGAUGGCCGACAUUCCAGUCGUUAAACAUUGCAAUUUCACCAGGUGUUGGCGUUGGGAAUAGUGUUUUCCUGUGCGCUCUUCGCGUGGCCAAUUACUCCGCCUAGGCUUAGCCUUACCACCGAAAGUGGAAGGCCAAGGUAAUUACACUUUUUGAUAAACGGGGAACCAGUGAGCCCUGAUUCAAGUAGCUCGCGGAUCACACGAUUUUUACCUCUAGCGAGAAUUUCGGCCUCUUCGAAUUUGAAUGUGUGGCCGGAUCUCGUCGAAUGAGCCGCAACUUUAGCGCUAGUGUCAUUUUCACGCACCGCCGUCACGUGCUCGGCCAUUCGCGUUCGAAACAGUCUUCCGGUUUCUCCGACGUAAUAGCUUUGUCCGCAACCACACCAGAUCAGCUAAAAGACUCCAAACGUUUCUUGCCGUGACAGUGGGUCUUUCAGUCCCAGCAUCGGACACCUGAUGGUUGACCUCGGUCUGUGUGCAACUCCAACCCCAAGUGGCACGAGAAGGCGGACAGCCAUAGAUGUACGAUAGCAUGGCGACUGCAUCCUAUAAACACUGCAGACCGUUGUGUACGAACUAUCCGUAUCUGUUUUUGUCUCUGAUGAUGGGUCCGAGCAAAAAUCCGAAACGUCAGGCGAAUAAAGCUCUUGUUCCUGCGAUCCUGUCUGCUUCUUCAUGACGACAUCCUGGAACUCGCCUCUUCGCCUCUAUUGAUAGAAGAAUUAACGUUUCCGUUCUAAAUCCCUACUUAAUAUUUUUUAUUUCUACUGGAUUUUUCUUGGUUAAAAUGAGUGUUUGCGUCCUAAAUCCCCACUUUUUCUUAAUUAAUUUAUUUAUUUUGAGGUGUACUUUCCAUGAGAAAAUUAACUUUCCGUCACAGGACCCACCUCAUUUCUAAUUUAUUUAACUCCUAGUAUAUUUUUUGGACUAGAAAUCAACUCUUACCCCUAAAAGGUUAAUUACUUGCUUUUUGGAGUGUGACCACGAUUUGUAUCAGAAUCUGCAAGUACUCGUUGCUGUUGACGGCCUUUAUCGCGCUGACUGCGGUGCACGAUUUGCACUCUCUUUGGCCAUUUGACCUAGGACAAGUUCCCUUUCCUUCAUCAAACAAACUCUGCCGCAUCGAUGGCUUCCGUCCCGCGACAUGCAUAAUUUUCCUCAUAUUUCUUAUUUAGCGCUCACUUUCUAGCGUUUUAUACGUCGACUUAAAUAAGACGCCUUCCUUGUGUCAGUUUUCGAUGGUCUUAUAAAUUCAAAUAUAUUUUAUAGAAAGCGUGCACAACAAUAUGCUUUCUUUUACAUGCUUGGUAGAAAACCACACUAUCUUUCUAUUUUAUACCCUAAGAAAGGUUAUCUUUCGGUUUUUUUAAAAAAAGUGUUUAACUAUGAGAUUUGUAAGACCGUGCGAUGUCUAUAUAUACAGCACCGCUCGUGUCCCUUUACCACUGUCCCUCCUGAAAUGUACAACACAGCCCGUAUCCAUUGCGAAAUUUUAUGAACUCUAUACAGUAUCUUCUUAAAAGCAUGGAGGAAUAUAUGAUUUUCCUUACGCCGAACGCAUGCAACUUGUAGACUGAAAUCGAUAAACGCUAAUGCAACGGCUGAUCAGGCUCAGAAUAAUUCGGAAAUCGGAAACCUUUUUCAAAACCUAAAUAUACACUUUUUCCGGGCAUAGUGUGAAGAGAAUGUGAUUUUCUACCAAACAAGUAAAAGAAAGCAUAUUUUUGUGCACGUUUUCUGUAAAAUAUAGUUGAAUCUAUAAGACCGUCGAAAAUCAAUGUAGAAAAUACCUGCUACUUAUGUAGUCAUUUUUUACCGAGUGUGGUUUCUGCGGGAGGUCCAAAUGAAGUGCAUUCUAAAGCCGACAUCCUGGCGAGUCCGAAAUACUAUAGGAUUGUGCCUCAUAAUGCUCAGUAUUACAACCCCGCUUAAGUAAUCCUUCCUAGUCGAAAACUCAUUUCAGAAUUCCGGCCAACAUUUCAUGAGAUCGGUCACUCACUGUAUGUUUCCCACUUGUAAACCUCUGUCAGCAUCAUUUCCGUCAUGCACUUGUCCUCGAUUACCGCGGUGUCACGGCUGUUGCAGGCUGUAAUGUUGCGCCGUUUUUUUCUACAUUCACUCCUUAUCUCUAUGACGAAUAUUCAACACCAGCGAACCCUGCUCGCCAAUGUGCUCUUUAAGCUCAUCCUAAGCGUUCCGACGGCAAAAGUUCUUUUUAAAAUGUUUUGCCCUUUUGCCUCGCAUGUUCUUCUCUCCUGUUGACCUAUUCAUACUCUUCCCUACAGGAUGAUAAACCCUUCACCGUACGGUCGAACAACGGUUACGAACCUGUCCCGAAAAAGGUUGGUAUACUCAUUCCGAUCGUUAUUUCUCUGCUAAGGUGUAUCUGCAGCAGGCAUCUCAGGGCGACCUUUUAUUUUACCAUCUGAACAAGGCGAAGGCGACAAAGCAUGCAGAAUUUAAUGACGUCAUAAAUUUCGGGACCUCUCAUUCAGCUGCGUACGGUCAUUGCAUAGUUAUUUACAAGGCAAAACUGUUCAAUCAACGAUCGACCUAGAGAGCUUAAACGUGAUAGGUAACCUGAAACGUGGGUCUAGUAUGCGGGGGCAUAUGGUGAGGGGGGAGGGGAGAGAGAAGUCAUCCAAGUAUGAGAGAGAACUGGUGCGGCGUGAUUUGGAGUGCAACGUGCGGGGAGCAUUCAUCAUGCCUUGUUCAAAUUUAUCCCGGGAAACCACUGCUUCAAUCUAUUUUACCAUCAUUGUCGUAUAUUUCGCCAUGAUGCAAGUAAACGGUUUUUGUGUGAGUAUAAGUCAGAGAAUUUUGUUCCAUUCUUCUAUCUACAGUCAAUUACCAAUCUGGCUUAAGUAGGAUUGUAGUAUUGCUUAUCAUGUAGGCCUUGGGCUUCUAACCAACAGGUUGCGGGAUGGAGCCCCAGGUGUUCCACACCUCGGGAUUGGAUACGAACGGCUGACGACGGCUAAUAAGACAGAAAUGGCCACUCCAGUUUCCCUUGUUUUUGUCGGUAAUGCUAUUCUGCCCGCAUCAUGCGCCGUUGUGCGGCUGUUGGUUGGGCUCGAGAGUGAGCCCUAAGGCACAACUGGACGAGUGAGUUCCGUAAAAACGAUCGGUGAGCGCCCUUCUACCAUCGUAUCCGUCCUUUCCUCAAUGCUCCUCAUGAAAUAUAUGACAUAGUACACAUCCCUUGCGAGAUUCUGAGCUGCACAUAGUAUCUUCUUAAUGGCAUAGAGGAAUGCAUAAUUUUCCUUACAGGAAAAAUAUAGGGCUUGUAGCUAAAUGGUCGACUACCAAAUGGGCACAGGAGUGAAUAUUUUUGUGUAUGCUUUCUGCAAAAUAUACUUGAGUUUGCCUUGUUUAAUUUCCGAGGAAACUAAUGCGCGGACUUGGAGUAACUCUUCCGAAACAGGCCUUUUCAGGCACCGUCCGAAGUUUCGAAAGAGUUAAUAUCAGUAUCAGUAUAUUUCAGGGAAAGUAGGUGUGUACCUUAUUGUGUACCCUAUUGGUUACAUGCAGAGGAUAUAUAUGGAGGAAAUGGAAAGGAAGUAACAUGAAAGAAAUGCGAGGGGAAUAGCAAAAACUGUGCAGAUGAACACAGAAUGUCAUGCGUUAACAGAAUUUAGAGGCACAUUAACUUGCUUUGUUGAUCAAAUACAGCGGACAGUUGAAGCACACUUAAGAUACGGGAAAAGAAGUAAAAUUGUUUAGUCUACAGGCAUCGUGGUGAAUGCGAGCAGCGGUGUGCGACGUGGCCCAAAUUAGUAAAUUACAUAAACACAUGUUACUUAAAUGUUGGUAGUAGCAUCGUCAUAACACUAAUUUGUGGCGGUAGACCGCCGUUAUUGUGGUUCGCGCUCCAAUGCUGAUCUAGUCUCCAUUUAAAAGUAUCUACGGAUCCCGACAUAACAGCAUCCUCAGGCAAGGCAUUCCAAACUGCAACCACUCUGUUGGAGAAGAAGAACUUUCGUGUGUCUAGCCGGACACCAGUCACACGCAGUUUAAGUGGAUGGCCUCUCAGGUUAGUCGUAGUCGCCAACUCGAAGAAGUCUCCUGAUGCGAGGCAGCAGCCCUGAUGGCGCACGAUGCGGAAAGCUUGUAUCAGGUCCCCACGUAGCUGUCUGUAACUCAAAGGAAAGAGGACAAGAUUAGCUAAUCGUGUUUCGUAGGGUAGUGACCACUGCCCAGAUACAAGUUUCGUUGCUCGCCGUGGAACUUUUUUGAGUAUGCCCAAGUCUUUAGCGUUCCAGGGUCGCCAUGCUUGGAUAGCAAACUCCAGAUGCGGUCGCACAAAAGUUUGAAAGACCUUGGCGAAGCAGUCUUCAUCAAAGGAGGAGAACGCCCGUUUGACAAGGUAUAGCAUGGACAUCGCCGACUUGGCCACCUUUGAACAUUGCAGCGAAGGCUUAAGCGAGGUUGUGAUCCAUACACCCAAGUCCUUCUGGGCGUCGACUUCUUGCAGUGGUUUGCCAGUCAGACGGUAGACCGUGUGGUUAGGGGAACUGGUUCUGCCGACGCGUAGGAAAGUACACUUUGUUUACGUUAAACGAUAGAAGCCAGUCUUUCGACCAUUGCUCGAGGUGGUCCAGAUUUGUCUGCAGUCGCGCCUCGUCAACUUCGCUUCGUAUGGUACUCCAGAUCUUUAUGUAAUCGGCAAACAUUGCGACAUCGCAAUUCAGUUCGUUUGCGCAGUCAUUGACGUAUACGAGGAACAGUGUAGGGCCAAGAACAGAGCCUUGGGGAACACCACUCUUAACGGCAACCUCGGCAGAUUGUUGGUCACCGACGUGGACGGCUUGCGAGCGGCCGAUUAAAAAGCUACGAAUCCACAUCAAAAGCUUACCUCGCACUCCUGCACGGCUAAGUUUGUAUAGGAGGCGGUGGUGAGGCACACUAUCGAAGGCCUUUUUAAAGUCGAUAUAGAUGACAUGCACCAUAUCUCCUCUAUCAACAGCCCUAGUCCAGUGUUCCAGACGGUAGAGCAGGUUUGUCACACAGGAUCUGCUUUUGCGGAAUCCAUGCUGAGAAUCGGAAAGCAAAUGGUUCUGUUCAAGAAACUGCAUUAAUUGUUGCUUUAUUAUCUUCUCCAUAAUCUUACAGCAAAUGGAGUGGAGGCUGACAGGUCUGUAAUUAAUCGCUGAGACCAGACUUCCGCCCUUGUACAGCGGCGUACUCCAAGUUCGCGCAUUACUUUCCUCGAAAUUAAACAAGGCAAGUUGAAACUGGUGUUCAUAUACUAGAAAACACACGAGGAAAGCUGGGGGACCCACUGACGAGCCGAACCCCUCGCAGAUGCGUCAGGCAGCGGCAUAAGAUCGUCGAAACACGCGUGUCUGAGCUUUUAGCUAAUACCUGUGUUGUUAGUACGGUAAAUCAUUGUACAAUUCUAUACUUGAGUUUAUAAGAGCAUCGGAUAUCAAUAGUAAAACAGCAUACGACUUAAGUAGUUAUCUUUUUCUACUGAGUGCAAUUUUUGCAGGCGACCGAGAAGGCUUGUAUUCAAAAGCGGGCAUAAAAAGACCGCGGUCCCCCUAAAUUUCCUUUCGAAAAUUCUGUUGGGGGUACCUUCAGUAGUAGAGAGGCACUUGCCCUCGUAAAACUGUGAUUAUGCCUGAUCUAGCUGGGCUUAGAUGAUGUUGCGGAUUGUAUCUCACCACUUAUGUCUGUCUGCAGCAGCAGCAGCAGCAGAUUUGGAGAGCUCGGCGUAUUCUUUUAUCCACUGAUGAACGCUGACGAAUCGCCUUGGGCCAGGUCUUUGGUUGAUUUCCCGUGAAUGCCUUCAACUGGACAGCAACACUGAACUCGUGAUGCGAAAAAAUUAUACAUAAGCCCACUCAGUCACCCUUUUUCUGAAUGGCCCAAGUCUUUUUGGCAAUGUUGCCAGAGUGAGGCUGGGCUUCAUCAUCCACAACAAGGCCUUAUUCUGCCCUAUGUUUUGCGUUUCUUCCAGUUUUGGAAAGAUUGCACAGGGGAACCUUGUGAUCUGCAUCUACAGGUAGGAUACUAAUGAGAUGUUAUGGAGAUCUUGGCUCAGAUGAAUUCUAACUCGUCAGACUUAUUUUUUCUGGUGCCGAACUCAUAACCGCCCUCUUGCUUUAGAAAGUUGCAACUACGAGUAGAUGUUACUUCAACUGAUGUUUAUAUGCAAUCCCCGUGACCUGGUGGACUGGACAUUAAGAGGGGGGGGGGGGGAGAGGAGGGGAAACAGACUAACACAGAAAACAGAGAAAAUAAAAUUAGAACCUACCUAACUACGGCCGAUCACCGAAUCGGACGCCAUGUCAAAUUAAGUUGAGUUGUCUUUUUCCGGCUCUGCUCAAUGCUAUUUGCCUAUGCCCUUAAUUUCUGUUCCCCUCCACUUCUGUAGAAGCGCGUUUUUGUUUUCUUUCCGGCAAAUGUGUACACUUUGAUCUGAGACCAGACAGUCAUGAUGUCAUUUCGUUUCUGCAGUUGGAAUGGUAUUGCCGGCAAUACCAUUCUGCUAUAUUAUGCGCCGCUGUGUGCGGCUGCUGGUUGGGCUCGAGAGAGAGAGAGAGAGUCCAUAAGGUACAAUGGGACGAGUGACUUCCGUAGAAACGAUCGGUGAGCGCCCCUCUGCCAAUUCUACAGUUCUUUCCGACGAUGUCCACCGUGUGCUCCACAGCACGGUGAAGCAGGGACGGUGACUUAUGCGUGAGUUAUUUUGUAGUGACAGUAGACUUGCACAACAUCUGCCGCACUUUCCACUGCCCCUACCUGAGCUCAGCAUCACGACAGAGGCGAGAAGACCAGAGGUGGGAGUGGGCGCAGGUGGCUAGCAGGGCGAAAACCCGCAACUAGGCGUGUCACCACACCCCCUUGUCCACGACGUGCAUCAACCGGGGUUUUACACAACAGGAAAAAAAGAGGGAGAAGCGGCUCGGAUUCCAAAUGGCGCUGCGCGGGCCUGCACCCGGUCGUCCCGUCACAACCCCAAUCUCAGCAGUUUUUUUUGAGUGCGGAUUCCAAAUAAUGCCUACCAGACUCCAAUCUAGCCCCCCCUUGUUUGUCCUGCGCAUCUACCGCGUAGCCCGUUUUAGGGGCAAAGGCAUGCCCACGAGGUGCGCACACGUUAGCAUCGAAUACACGGAUAGAUAGUGUUUAUUUGAGUGCCUGGAAGGCACUUUCAUCAGCAUGACAGUUCCGAAUUCCUUAUCCCGUUCCCGAUUCUCUUCUCCUACUCUAGUCCCUUGCCAUCGAUAGCGCUUAAAAUCCAUAAAGAACCCUGCGAUGCCAGACAGUUGGCGUAGUCCGUAAUUUUUAGGAGAACGUUGGCUCCUUGUCUCACAACAGAUGUUUACAGAUUGCUUGCGUUUCCCGUUCUCAUUAGUUUGCCAUACUAAGCGGUCUGCCUGUUUGACUUGUUAAACUUGUGUUGGAGCGCCUGAGCCGGUGUUUUUUCCAGCGGGCGUUAGGUACGGUAACUGAAAUUAUCAUAAUCUCCGUUCUCUGGGCACGUAAGCGAAAAUAUAUUGCACCUCCAGCAGGCAUGUAGGGAACAAUUGUAUUGUUAUUUUGUUUCCAGGCACGCUCAGUACUGUUCUCACGUCUGGACAACACCUUAUUUGAGAAUGCACCACCGGCACAGGCGCCUGAACUGUUGACUGCUUUUGACAGCGCAGACGAGGCCGAGACUGAGGACGUUCCUAUGGCCGAGCGGGACGACAUCACGAUUAAACGCCAGCCUCUUACAAAUAUGGUCACUCCCAAUCGCGCAGCCCUGUCUGGCUGGGGCGACAGAACUGCACCCGGUCGGAAACCACCUAGCAAUGUCACUCUUUUGGUCGCUGACUCGGACGAGGAGGAGGGGUGA